AUGGGAUGGUCAGAGGCCCGCUGCCAGUUCUGCGGCGUGAGCUUUAACAUUGCACGCAAACGCAAGGUGGGAGAACCUGACGUCGCCUCAUGGCGAUUCGCAGGCGAGUUAGGCGACACUCUGUGGGGGUACGAGCAGCCUGUUGAGGAUCUUGAUCAAAGCGAGUGCCUGAAGCAGGGCUGUGCUUUAGCUGUUAUAGAACCCGAGGAGGAGGAUGAUCCGGUUAAUGACCCAGCUUUCGUGCCCAAGAGCGAAGAUUGCGACGAGUAUGAUCGAUCGUAUGAAUAUAACCCCGAGCACGAGUCGAACUCGGGUGACCAUGAUGGUAAUGAUUCUUUACAUAUCUCGGAUAAUGGAGAUACGGUUGGCAAUGAAGAAGACGACGAAGAAGAAAAGGAGGAGGAGGAAGAGUCACUUUACCGCAACUUCCUGGCACAAACAAUCUACAACCAAAUCCACUUCACUGGCGAACCCGUCGGCCCCUUUGUCUACGCAUCCACAUCCGUCUCCUUCCAAAAGGACAUCCUGGUUCCAUUGCCAUGUAACUCACCACCAGACGGGUACUCCUUCGAUGAUCUCGAGCAUAUUCCGGGCCCCAAAUGCCCCAUGGCAGACGCCUACCCGGGCUCCAGGAUCUCACUCGCGGAAAUGCGCGGCUGUCGGACCGUCCAGUUUCUGGUCCAUAAAAGCCUGGUAGAGGAUGGGCCAUGGCAGGCUGAUGGACUGCAUGAGCCCUGGGAGGAUUUUGAAGAGUGGUUCCUCUCAGGACUCUCCGAUGGUAUGGAAUCGCGUGAUGGAGGCGUCCAGCGUGUCUUUCCGGCAAGGGGUGGCGUGACGGAGCUCUGGGAAGCAGAUACCAUUGAUUUCCACCCCGAACGACGUGACUCAACCGGUCUUGCCAUGCCCUUUCACCCAUGGUGCUUUGACAUCUUCUCGCGUCAGUCAAAGCUCCGUUUCGGAAACAAGGUCAAUAUCGCUGGGCUGAUUAAUUGGCGAAACGCCGAGUGCAGAUUAGAUACCAAUCAUGACUUUCCAAGACACCCGGAUGUCGCUAGGGCACAGCAGCAAGUUUGGAUGCAUGAUCCGGAUGCAGCGUAUCUUGUUGCGAAUCCUCUGCAUAUAACCGGGCUAACCGAGUUUCUUUUGGAUGCGGCACAGGAGGGUGAUUUUGAUAUCAAACUUGCGGAUGAAGAAUCUGAUGCUGUAUUGUUUGGGAAUAAUCCCACCGAUCGCUUGAGCGCUCUACCACCAGAAUUGCGGCUGCACAUUGUCAGUUUCUUGGAUUCUGGGAGUAUUUUGAGUCUUCGCCAAGCCUCAAAGGCAUUUAUGGACCUACCAAAUAAUGUCUGGUAUCGAAUUGUGCGAGGACAAAUGCCUUGGUUAUGGGAAGCCUGGGAGGAAGACGAAAUCAAACAUAGCCCUUCUCCCUGGACGUUCAGGACCGCGAACGAAGUGAAGGCCGUUGAAGAGCUUAAAUGCCGGUACACCGCAGUGUUGAGCGAUGAAUAUAAGUAUGCUACGGCCCCCGAUAAAGUGGUAGACUAUCUACUGCCUUGGCCUGCUGCGGUGAUCGACCAAGGGCUCCUAUCGAAGAACGACACAAACUGGUAUCGCGUUUUUAGGAAGAUCAGGACCCAUUGGCCCCGGGUAAAGGGACUUCGGAACCGGGCAAGGAUCUGGACCGACGUUGAGGAGGUCAUUCGGCGGAUUCGGAUGCGUGACAGUGUUGAACCUUCUAACUAA